AACUAGUCUUCCAAACACUCCCUUAAGCCUGCAGAAACUUCGAUUCCUCUAACCUACCCGCUCCUCUCUCUCUCUCGCGGUCGCCCCAUCUUCUCUUUUCGUGUCUCCUAUCUCUAUAUUUCUUCGAUUUCCCUCUAUUGGCAUUCGCUUUGUGAAAUUUAGCGUUUGACUGCCAUUUCGUGUAAAAAACCCUAGCUUGAUCGGUCCUAGUUCUUCGUUUGAUGCCCUAAUUUUUCGAAAUAUGGUCAACAGUUGAAUCUCUUUUCGUAUGUUUUGAUCCAUUCGUGUCCCAUAUCCUAUACCGAAAUGGUUUACGAAAUAGAUUUGAUCAGCUCAAAUUUUGUUUUGAUUGCUUUAUUUCGAUACUAAAUUUUUGGUCAAUUUCAAGAUUGUAUCGAUUCUGUUGCUUUCUUUAUCUCUGAUCCAAAUGGUGGGUCCCCAGAGCCCGAAUAUUGCUUCACCGCCACCGCAGUCACCGACGAAGAAGUAUGGUAUCACGAAACCCAUCUCCCUUGCUGGCCCAACUGAGGCUGAUAGUCAACGUAAUUCGGAAUUGCAGAAGUUUUUGAUCGAUUCGGGGCUCUAUGAGAGCAGAGAAGAAGCUACAAAAAGAGAAGAGGUUCUUGGCCACAUUGAUCUGAUUGUGAAAGGAUGGGUCAAACAAUUAACCCGCGAAAGAGGGUACAGCGACCAGAUGGUGGAGGAAGCCAAUGCUGUCAUAUUCACUUUUGGGUCUUAUCGUUUAGGGGUACAUGGUCCUGGAGCUGAUAUAGACACUUUGUGUGUUGGGCCAUCUUACGUGAACCGUGAGGUAACUCGUGUAAUUGCAUACUUAUUGAUCAUGGAAGAAGUACAAGAUUGGGACUUACAUUUGAGUUUCUUUAUCCAGGAAGAUUUCUUUAUUCUUUUACAUAAUAUACUGGCUGAGAUAGAAGAAGUUAGUGAACUUCAACCAGUCCCUGAUGCUCAUGUGCCAGUUAUGAAAUUUAAGUUCCAGGGAAUCUCGAUUGAUCUUCUUUAUGCAAGUGUCUCUCUUUUGGUGGUUCCAGAAGACCUGGACAUCUCUCAUGGAUCUGUGCUGUAUAAUAUCGAUGAGAAAACAGUUCGAAGUCUCAAUGGGUGCAGGGUUGCAGAUCAAAUCCUUAAACUUGUCCCAAAUAUUGAGUACUUUCGCAUGACACUCAGGUGCCUGAAGUUUUGGGCUAAAAAGCGUGGUGUCUAUUCAAAUGUUACUGGUUUCCUCGGUGGUGUUAAUUGGGCCCUUUUGGUUGCACGGGUUUGCCAGCUUUAUCCUAAUGCAAUACCUAGUAUGCUGGUUUCCCGGUUUUUCAGAGUAUACACACAAUGGCGUUGGCCUAACCCUGUGAUGCUAUGUUCUAUAAAAGAAGAUGACCUUGGUUUUCCUGUAUGGGAUCCUCGUAAAAACCCUCGGGACCGGUAUCAUCAUAUGCCUAUUAUAACUCCUGCAUACCCUUGUAUGAACUCUAGUUACAAUGUCUCCAUAAGCACACUUCGUGUCAUGAUGGAGCAGUUUCAAUCUGGUAACAGAAUCUGUGAGGAGAUUGGGAUGAAUAAAGCUCGGUGGAGUGCAUUGUUUGAGCCUUAUCAAUUCUUUGAGGCAUAUAAAAAUUAUCUGCAGGUUGACAUAGUUGCAGCUGAUUCUGAUGAUUUGCUUGCUUGGAGAGGUUGGGUGGAAUCCAGGCUUAGGCAACUUACCUUGAAGAUAGAGAGGGAUACCAAUGGAAUGCUGCAAUGUCAUCCUUAUCCAAAUGAGUAUGGUGACCCUUCCAGGCAGUGUUUGCAUUGUGCUUUCUUCAUGGGCUUGCAGAGGAGAGAGGGAAUAACUGGUCAAGAAGGUCAGCAAUUCGAUAUACGAGGGACGGUUGAUGAAUUUAGGCAAGAGAUAAACAUGUACAUAUUUUGGAAACCAGGGAUGGACAUUUAUGUUUCUCACGUACGUAGGAGGCAGCUUCCUGCCUUUGUCUUCCCUGAUGGCCAUAAGCGGUCUCGACAUGUUAGGACCCUUGGUCAGCAGUCUGGGAAAACUGUUGGAGAUGCUGCAGGGCACCAGUCCGAGUCUUUUGAGAGACAUCUUAAGAGAAAAAAUGAUACUGAAAUGGUGGGUAUGAAGUCAGACAAACCAGAGAAGCGGGCCUCUUUUAGCCCACAAAAGCUAGAGUCAGUUUCGUUGGACAAUAGUGCUGGUAGGUGUACUGGAACAUCUCCAAUUAGCUUUAGUGAAGGGGUUACAUUAGAAUAUUCUGCAAGGGAUGAUGCUGAUGGGAAUUCUGAGGUUAGGCCAUCUGGUGGAUGUUUGGAGGGUGAAAAGAUUACAGACUCUGUGCAUCUGGGUAACAGUGAUCACGAAUCUAUUCAAAACAUGCAAACUUCUCCAGGUGUUAACAAUUUGACUGGACCAUGUGAAGUUCCGUGUUCAGAACAUAGAGUAAUGUCGAAAGGUGAUCUCAACAAGGAAAAGAUUGGUGGAUCAGAUAAAAGGGCAAUUUUGGAGACUGGAUCCUUUGGGAGAUUGUUAAAUUGGACAGGAUGUGAUGGUGGAGUUGAUCAAGAGCUAGUCAAACCAUGUAAUCAGACGGCCGUUGGAGAAAUUGCUGAAACUGCAUUUUGUUCAAAUUCCAGCACUCCAAACCUUAACUCCGAGGGUGUCUCGUGUGCUGCAGAUUCGGUUUCCCUUCUGGAAAAUGAUUGUGUAAUUGCGAGUGGAGCACUUGAAGUGGCUUGUCGGAGGAGUUGAAGGUUUCAAAUCUCAACUUUAUUGAAUGAUAUUUUUAUAUUAUCCUCUCAGGUUAACUGGUCUUCCAGAAUGCUUUGGUUUUUCUUUCUGCAUCCCAUUAUUCUAGUCAAGUUUAUCAUCAUGAACAGCCUGGUUUCUAUAUUUAGUUAUUGUACUGAAAUCUUGGAAACAUUUUGAGCCCUGCCAUGUGUCUUACAAGUGGUUCACAAGUUGCUUAAGACUCUAAUUGUCUUUUACAACUUCUUAAUGUUUUUGUCAUUCAAAUUUUUCUUUAAUGUUUUCUUUCUUUUGUUUACAAUUUCCUAACUGGUGCAUAUGUGGUGGCAGGUCCUGCGCCACUUACAUGCUUUGUUUCCAGUAACUGUGCUUAAGCACCUGACUGUUUUGUGCAUAAGGCUCAGAUCAUGACCCUCCCUUUGUUUUUUCAUUUGCACUAUCAUGUUGAGGAACUAACUAUGCUUUUUCUCUUGUUUCAUGUUUUUAGACAUGCUGCACUGGUGGAUGGAUGUGAAAUCUUGAGACGGAGCUAGGUCAGAUUCUUUGCUGAAGCCAAUGACAAGGCAUGUGUUUUUAGAACCUAAAAAUUAUAUGCAAUUGUGAUAUCUUUAUUCUGUCCUGUUCGGCUUCUGUGGCUCUUUGAUAACCAGGUUGAGUCUGAUGUUGAUGGCAUAAUAUUUUGGGAGCUCCAUUAUUCUAUUGGAUCACAAUCAAGAAAGGAGAGAUCAAGCAGCUCGGUAAGUGCUUUCCUCGCUGGAUUUCAUUAUGGUUGUCCGUGAGUCAACAUAGUGCCCUCCUGGGUUGGAGACGUCCAACCGUCGAAGAAGAACUGUACAUAUCUCGACUUGGACUAGUUUUACUUGCGCCGUGCGGGUUGAGCCUUGAGACUCUGAGAAAGUACACCGAUGUUGAAGACAAUGUGCCGUGUCAUGGAGCAUUAUUUCUUGUUUCUAUUUUGGGUUGGGGAAAUUUUUGGUCUUUGGCCAUUGUGAUAUUAUUCGGGUAGGCAAAAAAGUUUGUAGAUCAGAAGACGUAGCUGGACUAGUGGGGUUUGCUUCCUGUCUUGUUGAGGCGUUUUAUCUCUGGGGCUGUUGCCGUCGUCGUUGUACAAUUGGUAUAGUAGUUUGCUAUUUGAAAUUUUGAAUACCUACUCUCUCUCU